AUGGACCGCCUACCACAGCUCGGAACGGCCAUCAGCGACGUAGUAAUGCCAACAUACCAGACCUACGCGCCCCUGCUGCUCCGUCAAGAAGAAGCGAUCAGAUCAACCAAAUGCACCACCUUUGCCUACGGUCCCCACCCGCGGCAACAACUCGACAUCUACAGCCCGCCUGCGAACAGCACGCCCGUUACAGGCAAUCGCCACUCCCUCCUUGUCUUCCUCUACGGCGGGGGCUUCGUCCGGGGCGACAAGAGCAACAAAGACUUUUGCGGUGGCCUGGUGUACGCUAACUUGGGACAUUACUUUUCUCAGAAUCUGGGGUUCCAUGUGGCGAUUGUGGAUUAUCGCCUUAUCUCUCACGAUGCAAAGUUCCCCUCUGGUGGUGAGGAUCUGGCGCUUGCACUGGAGUGGCUUGUCCCACAUUUCUCAGGAAGUUCAAACGAGCCACUUGACCUGUUCCUCAUGGGCAACUCCGCCGGUGCAGUCCACACAAGCACCUAUCUCCUAGCAGAGCAGUUUGCCGCAAGACGACAGAAGUUGCUUGGUGCUGCAAACCUCCACGGUGUCAUCUUGGUCGGCGCACCCUACCAUUUCGAACAGGCGGUGGCGAGCCGGAAGGAGAUUCUCCAGGCGUACUACGGAGACAGGCUGUCGCAAGAUUGUCCGUUCGGUCUGUUGAAGCAGGCCAAACAGACGGGCUCCAUUGAGGAUCUCGGUAAGGUGGAGGUGUUGGUUAUGACGGCGACUCUCGAUCCCGAGGAUGAGAUUGUCAAACCUGGACGGGACUUUGUGAAGGAAUGGAGGAGCACAACUUCUGUGCAAUCGAAGCUGCACGUCAACACUAUAGAAGGUCACAACCAUAUCAGCCCGGUGCUUGGGUUGGGCACAGGGCUGCCGGCCGAGGAAGCUUGGGGCCGAGAUGUGGUCGAGUUCAUCGCGCAGACUCAGAAGAAGUAG